AUGUCAUCAUUAUUAGAUUCAAUUAAAGCAAAGAUAUCAAAGUUAACACCGACAGAGGCACCAGCACCAAAGACUUUACAGGUGAUGUUUAUGUGUAAUGGAUGCUCGUAUAACUUUAAACAUGGAGAACCUAGAUAUGUUUGUACAGAGUGUGCAGGAAUAGAUCUAUGCAAGAAAUGCUACAAAAGAGAUCAGAAAUACUUUCAACAACACCCCAAUAUCAAUCAAGACCGAGAACUUGUAGGACAAGAGCCAACAGACUCUAGUGGUCAUUUACAACCUCCACUCUUACACACAGACUCUGCUCCCCUACCUCAUUCAUUUACACUUGAAACAAAAGCUCAAAGAGAAAUGACAAAUGAUAAUGUUGGUAAAACUACUUAUGAUUCAAUGCGUCAUUCAUUUAGAGAUAAUAAAAAAAGACAAUGUAUUGGAGUAAGGGAAAAGGUAGAGAUUAGUGAAAAGUAUCCAAAUGGAUUGGGAGAAUACAAGUGGAUGUUGUUUGAACAAUUUGAAGAAUUGGUAGAGUAUUUUGGACAAGCGUUGCGUGAAUUUGUACAAAGACGAUCGUUUGUGUCGAUCUGUGCCAACAAUCGAACGGAAUGGUAUGUGGCAGAUAUAGCUUGUAUGUUUUAUGGUUUGCCAGUUGUACCAAUGCACCAUCAAGUCAACUCUGAUGCCAUGGGAGAGAUUCUAUCCAAUUCAGAGACACGUGUGAUUGUCUCGUCAAUUGAUAUCUGUGCUAGCAAGGUCGUUGAAUUGAUCGAUUCAAAACGAUACGAUGGAUUGAAAUUAGUGGUUGUACUAGAAGACACUAGUAACACUAAACAAUACAAUCAACAACGUUUGGAUAGUCUAAGACAAUCACUUCCAUCGACGAUAGAGAUCAAAACCUAUGCUGAAAUGUUGACGAUUGGUAAAAAGUUAUUUUCGUCUAGCAAGACUGCUCAUAAACACGAUCCAAUGCAACCAGAAGAGAUCAUAUCGUUGGUCUAUACAUCUGGUAGUACCGGUGUGCCAAAAGGAGUCAUCACAUUGGACAAGGAAUGGAAUGCACAAAUAUCAGAGUCUUACAUGUCCUAUCCAAGCUCAUCGAUUAGUUAUCUAACACUUUCACAUUCACAAAGACGUUUUGAUCAUAAAAAACUGUACGUUGGUACUAGAAUUGGUAUCUUUUCGGGAACUAUGGAUCUCUUGUUUGAUGACAUUCAAAAAAUUAGACCAUCCAUUUUUUGGGGUGUUCCAAGAGUUUGGAAUUUAAUCUAUUCCCUUUAUCAAAAUGAAUUGGAUCAAUUUAUUAAAUUAAAUCCUUCAAGUUCAAAAGAAUAUUGUGAAGAAAAAUGUUUAAAAAAGAUUAAAAAUGUAUUGGGUGAUAGAUUAGAGGCGAUUGUAACAGGUGGAGCACCAACAAGUGAAGAGGUAUUGAAAUUUAUGAAAAAUUGUUGGCCUGGCGUUGGUAUUAGUAAUUCUUAUGGUCUUAGUGAAGUGAUUGGUAUAUUUAUAGAUGGUUACAUUCAACAUGACAUUGAAUUUCGUAUCGAUCCAGUGCCAGAAUUUGGUUAUUAUCCAACCGAUCUACCAAAUCCUCGUGGUGAGCUAUUGGUCAAAUCAAAGACAAUGACAACUGGUUAUUAUAAUAAUCCUCAACUUACUGCUGAAUCAUUCCAAGAUGGUUGGUUCAAAACUGGUGAUAUCGUUGAACAAAUUGGUAGUCGUAAAGUUAAAAUUAUUGAUCGUAAAAAACAUGCUUUUAAAUUAUCAAAUGGUGAAUUUGUUGCACCAGAAUUAAUUGAAAAUAUAUUUAUGGGUAGUAAUUUAAUUGAACAAAUUUUAAUUUAUGGUGAUGCAAUGAAAACAUUUUUAGUUGCUAUUAUCAUUCCUCGUAAACAUGUUUUGGAUGAAUUUGGUUUAUCAUCUUUAUUGGAUGCUGUAAACUCUAACAACAAUAAUAAUGAUCAAACAGAAGAAUCAAUUAGAAUUGAAAAAGCAAAUAUUUUAAAUCAAAACAAACCACUUUUACAAAAAUUAUCUUCUGAAAUUUUUAAUAUUUCUUUAAAGAAAAAGAUGGCAAAUUAUGAAAUACCAAAAAUGUUAAGAUUAGAUUUAACAAAAUGGACAACAGAUAAUGAAUUGAUAACAGGAUCUGGAAAGUUUUGUAGAGGAAAAUUAUAUAAAUAUUAUAAAAAUGAUAUAGAUAAUAUGUAUAAUGAUUUAUCAAUUAAUAAUAAUAAUAAUAUUCAACAACAACAAAUUUCAACUACAAAUAAUAAUGAAGAAAAUAUUAAUUCAACAUUGAUGGAUUAUUUAAAAAAUACUUUACAAAUUGAUUCGGCAAAUGUUGGAAAUUUAAAUGAUUUUAGUUUUACUCAACUUGGUGGUGAUUCUCUAAGUGCAAUUAGAUUAUCAAAUUUAUUAAAAGAUAAAGCAAAUAUAAAUAUAGCACCAUCAAUUAUAUUAAAUAAUAAUAAUAAUUUAACAAAUUUAUCAAAUUUAAUUAAUAAUAAUAAUAACUGUCAAGAUUAUAAUGAUUCAGUAAUGGAAAGUAUAAAUUGGAAUCAAGAAUUUAUGUCAUUGGAUAAAUCAAUUGAUAUUGGUGAUAAAAAGAUUGGAGAAAUACCAGUAGAUUCACCCAUUCCAAUUGAUGUAUUUUUAACUGGUGCAACUGGGUUUUUGGGUAGUUUUAUCCUCCACCAAUUACUAGGUCAAGAAAAUGUUGGUAGAAUUUAUUGUUUGGUUAGAUCAAAAGAUUCUUUUAAUUUAAAAGAACAACAAGAUAAAUUGUAUAGUUUAAUGACUGAAAAAUAUAAAUUAAAAUUGGAUCAAACGGAAAUGGAAAGAGUUGUACCAAUUAAUGGUGACUUGUCACUUACUCUACUUGGUCUACGAGACCAAGAAUCAUUUAAAGAAUUGGCAAACAGUGUAGAUUUGAUUAUACAUAAUGGUGCAACUGUUAAUAUGGUGAUACCAUAUGCCAAUCUACGUGCCACCAAUGUCGGAGCAACCUGUGAGAUUUUUAAAUUGGCAGCUGCCGGUGAAAAGAUUAAACCAGUUUCAUUCAUCUCGACCAUGGGAGUCUUUGCCUACCAAGACAAGGAUAUCCAAGAGUCGGAUGUCCCACCAACCGAUCAUAUCGGUCAAAUGACGGGAUACAGUCAAUCCAAGUUGGUUGCCGAACAGAUUGUUAGAUAUGCCUACAAGCGUGGAUUCCCCGUUUGCAUGUUUAGACCUGCCACCAUCUACUGUGACUCGACCUCUGGUAUUGACAAUGACCACGAUUUUGUCAGAAUGAUAUUCAAAGGUUUGAUCGAGCUUGGUGCCUGUCCCGACAUCAACACGAUUCACGCUGGUGGUGUAUUCAACCUUUCACCAGUCGAUUGGGUGUCUCAGUCAAUCGUCAAUCUAUCACUCACCAACCAAUCCUACACUAGAAAACACCAUCAUGCUCCAAUCCCAAUCUACCAUAUGAUCAAUGAAGAACAUGUUAAAUUGGAACGUGUAACUCGUAUAUUAUCAACCGUUCAACCAAUGCAAGAGGUUCCAUUCCAACAAUUCCAACAAUUGGUCGGUCAAGUCCAAGAUCACAACCAUGCAAUCUAUCCCAUUCGAUCGGUAUUUAAAAAUAAUUUCCCAGGUCACUAUCGUUUUAAUUAUUAUUGUCCCUUUACUACCAAACAAUUAUUCUCUCUUGGUCUUGACAAAUGUCCUAAAGUUUCAAACAAAACUAUAGAAUUAAAUUUAAUUUAUUUAAAAAAUCAAUUAAAAAAUAAUUAA